CGCACUGAGUCUCUCGGGGGUGAGGCCGCUGCCGCCGCGUCGCUUCCUCGUGCCAUUUGCAACUCACUAUACCAACCCAGCCUGCCGGAAAUUCUCCGCUUCAACACUUUCGUGACUCUCUGAAAAAUGCGACGGCCAAGCCAGUUGUCGUUGCUCCUGUUGGGAUCGCUGCUCCUCUCGAGCGUCACGCUUGCGUCAGCAAAGCGGUCCCGGCACCACCGAGAACAGCAACCCUACUCGGAAAAUCUAGUCAACCACCCAGCUGCCCUGCUCAACCACCACGCGGUCGGGCCCUCGCAAAAUAACGACGCGGCAGAUGACGACGUUGACGACGGCUGCUCGCGCAAGUACUGCGGAAAGGGUCGCGAGUGUCAGCUGGACGACGAUGGACAGCCGCAAUGCGUGUGCAUGUCCAGUUGUCCGAGACAUCACGAGCACAUCGUCUGCGGCACGGACGGCGAACUGUACCACAGCCACUGCGAACUGCACAGGGUGGCGUGCGUCGAGAAGAGACAACUCAGCGUCGACAGGGGCAUGACAUGUCUAAAAAAUCCCAAACCGCACAACACAGAUCGAGUACCAAGUAGCACCAGCAACACCACUCCAACGGCGCCCUCGACAACUCCCAGUUUAUCCACACCUAACAAGAAUGGUCCAUCAGAUGAGUGCAGUUUCCAGGAAUACGAAAUUAUGAAGGAUAAUCUGCUGCUGUUCAACCACGCCCGUCUAAUGGCCGACGACAAACGCAGCUCGGGCAAAGAGUAUUUAGUCAGCAUUAUGUUCUCGCAUUACGACUCAAACAACGACGGCACCCUCGAAUUGGAGGAGCUCCAGCAGAUCGCGGCCGCCGAGCAGCUGGAGCAACUCUCCAAGGGCUGCAACUUGGCCGACAUGAUCGCCUUCGACGACGUCGACAAAGACGCGCGCCUCAAUAUCAAUGAGUUUUACUUGGCGUUCAGUAAGUUAUACAGUGUGUCGGUCGUUUCUCUGGACAAGGCCCUGGAGGUGAACCACGUGUCUGCGCGGGUGGGCGACAACGUGGAGAUCAAGUGCGACGUGACGGGGACGCCGCCGCCGCCGAUCGUGUGGCGCCGCAACGAGGUCGACCUGCUGGGCCUGGGCGCCGAGGACGAAGACGCCGUCCGAGUCUUCACCGACGGCUCGCUCUACCUGACGCGCAUCCAGCUGCUGCACGCCGGCAACUACACAUGCCACGCGCAGAGGAACAGGGACGUCGUGCAGACGCACGUCCUCACCGUGCACACCGUCCCCGAGGUCAAGGUCACGCCAAGAAUCCAGUCGCGACGACCAGGCGAGGACGCGGCCAUGCUUUGCCACGUGGUCGGACAGCCCUUUCCAAAGGUUGAGUGGCUGAAAAACGACGAGCCCUUGCGAAUGGAGGCCGGCAAGUACGAGAUGGUGGGCAACGGCACUGAGCUGCGAGUGCGUCACAUCACCUACGCAGACACCGGCGCCUACAUGUGUCAGGCCAGCAGCGUCGGCGGCCUCACCAGAGACAUUUCCUCCCUCGUCGUGCAGGACGAGCCGUCGCCCACUGCACCUAGUGAGGAAAGACGAUUCUUCUCAUUCCACGACUGGGGAGUUUCGGUCUACGAGCCUACGGCGUGCAGAUUGUACCACCAAAUCCAAGCCACUGACAUCAUUCCCGGAACGCAGGAGUACGUGUGCGGCGACAAGGGAGUCAACUGCAGCUGGGGUCACGCGAUAAACGUGGACAACCGCUAUGUGUUUGUCACACAGCCCUUGAGAGACAGAGUGCUUGUCAUAAGCAAGAUUCAAAUGGUCGUGGUCGAUGUGGUCGUGACAGACAAAUACCCCGUCGAGCUGUAUUAUGUUCCGCAUCUGGAUCAAGUUUGGGUGCUCAACUGGCGCUCGCUCAAUCCCAGCGAAGGGGUGCGCACCAUCCAAGUCAUCCGAGACGCCUCGCAGAAGAAAAAGCACCACACGGUUCACCCCGAGCCGAUCGAUGGCCAGUUUGAUUUAGUCAAGGGCCUCUUCAUUCCGCCGGUUCAGGAUAUUCGGCACAACUUCAAGUACGGCUAUGUCACGCACACCGACCAGAGGGGCAUGUACAAGCUCGACCUGGCCAACAUGAGGUACACCAGGUCCCUCGACUUCAACGCUUACAACUGCGUCCCGUCUCACGUUGCAUUCUCCGCACUUUAUGGCCUUGUGAUUGUGUCCUGCAAAGAGCCAAUGACGGACAGACCAAACGGCCAAAUGCUGGUGGACUACCUUACAGACUCGGUUAUCAGUUUCAAGAGUGAGUUGCCAGGGCAGCCGAAGGUGUCUCCCGACAGCCGAGUGGUGGUCACCCUCGACAGGGCGCCCGAAGGCGUCACAUUGGUCGUCCAAGAGAUCACUGAGACUGGUCUUCAGUUCCUGUUUGAUGUGAAGACGACUCUGAACAUCAGUGAUAUCGCAUUUUACCCUUCGAGAACGACGCACGGCUAUGACCUGUACGCCAGUGCAACAGACAAAGAGGACCUCCUAUUCCUCAACCUUGUCACUGGAAAAGUGGAGAUGAUUACUGGAGUGGGUCACGCAAUGGUGGCGUCCUUGGCCCAGUGGGGCAACACGAACCGUCCAAUAGUUUCGUCAGGAGUGUUCGGCCACUUCAUGGUGAGUCCUGCUAAUGAGGCGCUGUUUGUGGUCAACGGAGAGACAAGGACUGUCAACUGCGAAAUUGGCGGUCUGGUGCACCCUCGCUCCGUCGUCUGGGUCACCAUGCAACUGCAGUAAAGGGAAUCGCCAGGCAAAGGACGCUCUCUCUCAGUGCAGUGCCCACAAAUCGAACUCGAGUCCAAAUAACCCAUUCACAGAUAAGGAAAUGACUGCUGAGUGCUUUUUGCGAGAGUUUCUUUUUGAAAAUGAGUUUUUAAGUCUCAAUAGAAAGAAUGAGAUCGUUGAAAAUCUUGAAAUUUUUGGUGGCUGGUCAAUUUUUAGCCAUUCAGUUUUGGUGUGUAAUUUUCAUUCCCAUAUGUGCAAUUGAGACCAUAUCAAUUAUGAACCUCCUGAUCAGCCAUCAAUGCCUUAAGUUCUUGAAGAAGUUUGAUUUCCAAAGACCACUACAAAUGUCCAGAUUUCUUGCUAGGAAAGUGUAUAAAUUUCUGCUGUGUGUUUGUUAUUUAAUUAAAACUUGUACCCCUUGCAGGAAGUGGAUAUAAUAGGAAUGAUAAAUGAUUAUCAUUUUUCAUUGCGGAGAUGACAGAAUAUUUUUUCAAAUUUGCCUUGUGUUGAUCGCCAACACUAUGAAAGAAUAAUAAUAAUGAGCAUUAAGAGUUUAUAAAUAUAUUGCAGAAAAACAUGAAUAAAACAAAUAGCUGAGAAAUAUGACGUGAGAUAUUAAAAAGAAUACUAUUCAGAUUAAAGAGCUACCAAAAUUUAAUUAGCUAGCAAAAAAAAUUGAGCUGAUGGAAUAAUUCAAUGUUGCAUAUCUCUAAUUCAAUGCCAAAACUGUAAAAAGUGGAAGAAAAAUAAAUAUCAGCAUAGUGUCUCUAAAUAGCUGCUUUAUCAAAUUUUAUAUUAAUUUGUUAAAUUAAAAUUAAACUGGGUUUGGUCCAGUUAAUAUGGGGGAAAAACUUCUGAAUAAAUAUUAUCUUUUAAGAUUAAUUACAAUUGUACAAUAUUUUGCUUCUAAUUGAAUUGAUUUACUUAUAAAUCUAAAUAAAUAUUGAGUCAAAUCGAAAGUUUCGGCAGAUAUUGAGGACAAGUCGAAUGUGACUGUACCAAGAAAUGACAACUUACAAAUAAACAGAUGUUUGUUGAAUAUAUAGUAAAUGCGAUCGUGCUUGACUUAUUUUAAGAGAUUAACUGUAUAAACGUUGUUUAAAAUAAUAAUAAAGAAUGCGUGAGUGAAAAAUGUGUCGCAAGUCAAGAGACUUUUGUAUGUAAAUAUAUACAUGAGACGUAAUAAUUAUUGUAAUAAUAAAAAGAAAGAAG